UCGUCGGAACUGUACAAUUUGACUCGCCUGGCUGAGGUCUUCAAUCAAUUGUCCCAUUGACAACCUCAUUGCGCUACAACAAGCCUUACAACUUAUUACCUCCAGGCUCAGCUCCCAUACCGAUCUGUCGCCCCUUCCGAGUAUCGAACCGGACCGCCUGCUGACGCGCAAUGCUCUUUCCUUAACCGAAUUCCGACCUCAGACUUUCUUUCCUGUACUGGCUUCGAUCAUCGCGAGUGAGCUGUUGAAAGCAGUAUAAAAGACUAUACAAUUCUCCCUGACGGACCCAUUGAUCGCAGUAUGGGCCCGUAGAAUCUCAAGAGCAAGGGUCCGUUCUCUCUUCGCAGAUCAACAUUUCGCAGCGCUAUGGAUCCUGCGGCCUGUCGCGUCAUAUACAUCGAUGAGCGGUUCAACACAGAACGGUGGAUUUCUCGGGACGGACUGGGAUCUCCCAAUACACCGCAGAGAACGGGCUCCGAGGUCGAGUUCUCUGAGUUGCCUUUGGAUCUGCAAUGCAAUGUCAAUGCUUUUCUAACUGUCUUCAACCAAGUGUACGUUUGUAGCUUUGGCAGGUCAUUUUCCUCGAAGUUGUCCGAAUUGCACGACCAAGCGAAGGUCGAUUGUACGCCCAUUCUUGCCUGUUUCGAUGUUGGUGCCGAAUCAAAGCACGAGUUGUUGAGAGCCAAGUCAAAGUUCUUCCCUGCCGCAGAGUCUCCCUUGCCGUCGCCGAAUUUACUGAGGAGAGAGAUCACCUUUUCGUCCGAGUCAGACGAGUCAUACGGCCUGCAACUUCUGUCGAGGAUAGCAUCGGAUCUACAAGUCGAAGAAGGAGUCAAACUUAUUAUACCAGUAGCCGUUGUCCAGCCUCAAAGGAAAGAAUCCGCCAGUCAGGCUCCCGAAAAUGACCACCCAAGCGAAAUUUCCAGGGCUCCCUACGGUCCUGAAGAGAGACCCGUCGAGAUCAAAGACACGUCAGACAUAAUCGAUGCGCAAAUGAUGCUGCAAUGUCUAGACGCCGGUGCGCUCGACGUCGUCAAGAGCCCUUUAGACAAAGCAGGUAUCAUGGGGCUAACAGUACAUGCCUAUCGCAUCUACAAGAACGCGAAGAAGGAACAAUCAGGAUUCAUGGGCAUGACCCGUAGUAGGAGUCGCAAGCAGUCUUGGGUCGGCGUGGAAGAAGAGAAGCCUUAUGCUUACCUUAGAGAGGCCAUGGUGAAGAAGCUACUCAAAGGAAUCUGCGACCCGCAAAACCUGAUUGAAGACUACCAACACCGCGACCUUUAUGUUCGAGAAGCGCGAAAGCCUGUCAUAGCGCAAGCUGUCGGAAGUUGGGGAUUUGAUGGGCACGACUUUACCGAAGAUGAACUGGUCUAUGCCGGUUAUUUUAUGUUGAAUCACGCCCUUGAAAGUGAAGCCGUUGAAAGGUGGCGUAUGAGCAAAGCCGAAUUACUCCAUUUCAUGCAGGGUUGUCGCAUCGCCUACAACUCCUUCGUCCUCUAUCACAACUUCAGGCAUGCGGUCGAUGUCGUCCAAUCCGUCUUCUAUUCCCUUGUUCAAAUUGGAGUACUUCCGCCAUAUCCUGCCGGCGGGGAUCCAUCCCCAUCUGCAAACGCGAAGUCGCCCCUUGCGCGUCUACUAGGGCCGUUUGAAGCGCUGACUUUACUCAUUUCUGCCAUUGGACACGAUGUCGGUCAUCCUGGAGUUAACAACAUGUUUCUGGUGAAGUUGAAUGCGCCUCUUGCGCAACUUUACAACGACCAGUCUGUCCUAGAAUCGUUCCACUGCGCCGCCUAUUCUCAAAUCCUCCGCCGCCACUGGCCUGCUGCAUUCCUUGAUAAGGACGUCCGGAAGCUCAUGAUCAGUACGAUUUUAGCCACCGAUAUGGGUAUACAUUCCGACUAUAUGCAACAGCUUGGCAAUCUGCAAGAAAAAAUCCAUGAGACAAAAGACACCGACGCAUGGAAUCCGAAAGAUAUUGAAUGGGCGCGCACGCUAGUCUGCGGGCUGCUCAUCAAGUGUGCUGACAUCAGCAAUGUGGCACGACCCUGGCCAGUGGCUGAGAAAUGGACAGACUUGCUUCAGAAAGAGUUUGCUCAUCAAGGAGACAUGGAGCAAGCCGUUGGGAUGGAAACAGCUCUGUUUGGAGGCCCUCCUGAGUUGGGCAAUAUGUUGAAGCUGGCUAAUGGUCAGAUUGGCUUCAUGACCAUUUUUGCACAUCCGCUGUUUGCAAAUGUGGCAGAUGUUAUCCCAGCUAUGCGGUUUGCGGCGGACGAAAUCCUCACCAACAAAGGCGUAUGGUUCACACGAGCAGAGCACGAAAAGAAAAUGCAGUUGCUUAAGAAGGGAGAUGUGAUGCGUGAAGGAGGCGCUGUUAGUCCUAGGACCCGAAGCCCCCCUCACCGGAGAGGAACUGUGGACAGUACGAAUAGCAAACACAGCGUUUUGCCAUCCUCGCCCUUGCGAGGUCGAGUCGACGGCCCGGAGAGUAUACCGAAGGGCCUUGGUGUGACACAGCAGGCGGGAAGCGAGUAUGCCGCGUCACAAAACAAUGUUCGCACGUCGUCUCUGGCGCUCGCUGCAGGCAUUGCGGUCUCUUCGAACGACCCGACGAUGCUGGACCGAAGAAGAUCGGCUCUGGUUAAUGGCGAACAAGAUGCUUUCAAUGAGUCGCGCAACGGUGGAAAAGAGCAUGCCUCGGCUACCAGCACGCCAAAACUGUCCGUUACUGGGAUGGAGUUAUCAUCGGAAUCAAUGCAAGCGCUGAGCGAUACACGACGAGACAAUGCCGUGUCCAUGCGUGCCGGAAGCGAGUCCAUCCCGGCAGAGGUUUGGGAAGCCGAAAGACACGAAAUAUCCCAUACCACGGACGCAUCGAAUUUCACCUUUGCAACGUCAAUUCCAGAAGAGCCAGUUCGGACUUAUGAUCCUGAACGAGGCUAUUCUGCUGCGCAUGUCAGUGCCAGAGCCAGUGCACCGGCAAGUGACCAGGGCUUCAAACAUCUCGGAAAAGAUAAUGCUGAUAGUUCCAGUCCGGCCAGAUUGACGCAGAGCGAGAACGCGAGCACUACUUUAAGAGGAGGAGAUGAAAGUGUUAUCAGUCCCGCUCAGAGCACCGAAGGGACAGGCUCACCGAGUGAAGUCAACGAGGGCACGUCGCGCAAUCAUGACAGCUUUCAAGCUAUGCGCAGUCGUGUGACGAGUGCCCCAGUGCAGUCGCAAAGUCCUGGCUUGAGACCCAGCUUCAGCAUGGGCAGCAACAGUGCCACCAGCCGGGAAAGCAGCAAACUGGAUAUUCACGCUACGAUAUUGAGUAAUGGUAAUGGCAAUGGGGAAGAGAGCAACGGCAAUCAUCGUCAAGUUCAAUCCAAAACAAUGGGCCGCAAAAGGAGCAAGUUAAAGCUUGGACUUGCCUUUUGGAAGAGGAGCCGAAGCGACAAAAAUAUUGCAGAAGAAAGGCGUCCGGAUAGUCAGGGCAGUGAAGGAGGGUGAAAUAUUGAUGUGGGAGGCCAUUGUGAAUAUUUCGGAACUUGUCAGCGUUAUGGGCAUCAUGUUUGAGCUGGAAAUCAUGUUUUGGGAGGCCUCUUGUCGGGACACUCUUUCAGUUUCCAAUACGGAGAACCAAACCGUGGACGGAACAUCACGGAGCGUUUCAUGACUCCACUCUACCAACGGUGGUUUUGUGCUGUGCGGGAUUAAUGCUGACGAUUUACAUGUGUGAGAAGAGGGGAAUGCGAUCAGGCUGCAGAGAUGGCCGUACUGAGAG